CCACUCUCGAACAUCCACAACCCAGACGACCAGAUGUCGAACUGCGGCUUCCCGAACACAUCGGCGACAUGAGCCACUUUGGUGUUCCCAUGGAUCCCAACUGGACCGGUGCAGCACCUUGGUCCAGCUGGACUCCACCACCACCGCCGCUGGACUUGUUUGCUCCGCCCUUGACAGCAACGGCCUUUGUUCCACCAGCCUUUGCUGAAGCGAGUGGAGUUGCAGGAACUCCCCCUGCUCCUCCUCCUCCCACACCGAUGCCUUCCAGUACAGAGGCAACGGCACCUUCCAAGGGCGAAUGUAUCAUUUGUAUGGAUGCUGCCCCGACCCAUGCAAUUGUGCCUUGCGGCCACAAGGUGCUUUGUGUGACGUGCACCCGUGCAUUCCACCGAAAGCCUUCGUCACAACGAGUUUGCCCCUUGUGUCGCGGGCCCAUCGGUGGAAUCUUCCAGAUAUUUGCAGCUGCAGAGUCUGAUCCGCCUGCAACACCGCCACCUUCCACCGAAGCGCCGAAACCUCGAAUGCCAGAGACACCGCAAACGUGGGCAGGAAACCAUCCUUGCUCCAGUGACCCUAGUCAGUCUGGAGAUGCGCCCUGGCGUCAAUGGACACCAUCAGCACCGUCUCUAAGGUUGACGCCAGCACCAUCGUGGCGGGCACCAGAAAUCCCUCUCCUUGAUCCUCUUAUUUCAACUUGGUCUGCUCCUUCUACAGGAGAAGCAUGGGAAAGUUGGCACACGCCUACCACCUCAGAAGCAGCUUGGAGCCCUGCUUUUCGUCCUUCGCCUACACGCAGUCCUGGCAUCAUGCCCCCUACUCCACCAACUCCACCAUCAUUGUCAGCACCUCUCACUCCCUUUCUCACAUCUGGGCCAAUGCCCGCUACUCCACCACUUCCAGGCAGCCCCGGUACUCCCAAUGACUGGGUGCGGGGCACGCUGACUCCUGGAGACGUCGACACCGGCACCCUUUCCCCGUUUCCGCCUGGAGACACCGGGAGCCACUCCCCCUUUCCGCCAGCGGUGGUGGUUCCUGACGACUACGAGGAAGACUCAAGCUGGGAAGCGAAGUUGCAGCAGUUGUGCGAGAUGGGUUUUGAGGAUCUUCAGAGUCGCCAAGCGCUUCUCAGCGCAGAGGGCGAAAUGGAGCGUGCUGUGGCGAUCCUCAUCAGCCAGUCGGAGCUGCCCUCACGGCCGCCCCCCUCACCUCCAUCACCUUCACCGCCACCUCGGCCCCCGCGGAGCCCUCUGCGGAGCCCUCCGCGGCGCAACCGGAGCCGCUCGCGGCGCCGGAACCGCAGCCGCUCGCGGCGAGAGGAGUGGCGGCGACGGGAGAGGCGGAGUGACUCACGCGAUUCACGGCACCGAAGCGAUUGGCGGCGAUGAUCGCAAAAAGGGGUGGCGAUCAUGGUGAGGUGGGUUUGAUUGGGUUUGGCUACUUGGAAGGAUGGAAGAUAGGGAAGCUCCGCAAUUGAAUGUGUGACACAACACAUCAGGAAUGCCUACGUGAUACAGUACAAGUUUAAGUGCCUGCAACCUAACUUUUAAGAUGGUGUUGUUUGUGCAUGUGUAUCUUCUUGUGCUUCAUGCACAGAGAAUGUUUAUCACACUUCAAAAUGUAGUUGAAUGUAGCUCAACUUAAUGUGGGACGGUGCAAUUUGUUUUGCAGGGUAGCUUCCGCAUGCAAUUAACUUCGGAUACUGAGCUUUUGAUCGCUCGUUCCAGUUCUGAGCAAGGAC